AUGUUAAAGAAAAAUGAUUCAGAAUAAAUUACGAAAAUCAAUGAUUUGAAGAAUGAAAAUGAAAAUUUAUCCGAAAUAAAUUAGAAGAAUGAGUAAAUUAUAUAAUAGUUAUAACAAACUUUGAAGUAGGCAUAGUAAUUCUCUUAAUCGCUGACAUUCUCAACAAUUUAUAAGCAUAAUAAUUGUUCAGUAACUUAAAAUGGAAAAGUUAUUCAGACAAAGAUAAGUGGUUGGUAAUGUUGUAUGUGUGAUUAAAUGAUUCCUAAGAAUGAUAUGAUCUAAUUUGCUGUUAAAAUUAUUGAAAUUGGUGAUAUUAUGAUUGGAAUUGGUUUUUAGGGAUAAUGUGUAGAGUAGAGGGUAUCAAAGUUGUUUUAUACUAAUAGGACUUAUAAUAUAUAUCAUAAUGGUUAAUGUUAUAAUCAUGAUUAAUAAGAUAAGAAUGAAAAAUCAAUAGCAUUUCCAUUUUCUACAAAUGAUAUAAUAAUAGUUGAAGUGGACAUUCAAAAGAAGUAUGUGAAAUGGAAAAAGUAAUUUACAAAUCAAUCAUUCGUAUCAAAUUCUAUUUAUUACUAGUCUCUCACUAUUGAUACAUCCAAAGAUUUAUAUCCAUGUGUACAUUUAUAUGGUACAUGUAAAGUAGAGAUAUUGAAUUAAGUGUUCAAAUGA